CUUUUUUUUAGGCUAAAAAAUGCGCUCAGUUUUUUGCGCCAUCUAUCUCACACUCAGUUUUCUAACCUAAUUGUCUAACCUAAUCGUCUCAAUCAUCGGAUUCUUCUCAUCUCCUCCAUCUCAUCUCCUCUCAUCUCACUCUCAGUUUUCUGGCCUAACCUAAUCGUCUCAAUUUCUGUCUCACUCUCAAUUUUCAUUGCUCCAAUUUAUUAUCUCAACUCAGUCUCUGCUUCUGAGAACGAACAAGACGCUUUUGCAAUUUCAAUUGGCUCGGAAGAAAGAGGCAAAACUGAAAAGGUCAUUCGUUCUACCCAUUCCUCUAUAAGGUCUUCUUUGGUUGCUGGAAUUUAAAAAGAAAGAAAGCAAAUUUGGAUUAUCUGAAUUUUGGGUGUGGGAAGUUACAAAUGAAUCGCUUUUUGCAUCUCUGAUUGUAGCUCAGUUAAACGCGGCGGGAUCUCGGCUAAAAUGCAGCCAGCUAAAGCAAAAAACAGAGCAGAAUCAAAUUUAAGGCCUGGAAAGAUCAAGUACAUAAAACAAGGUUUAUUAGGUAAAGCGAGUGGUCAAGGGUUAAGACAAAUGAUUUCUGAAGAUGGAAGUAGGCCAAUUAAUUCAUUGAAAAGUGCUACAAGUACUCCAAUUACACAAUUUGGCAUUGAGCAGGGGAUAACUGAGGGUGAAAAACAAAGGAAAGUGGAACUAGAGCGCAAGGCAAAAUUAGAUGAAAUUGCUCAAAAACAAAGGCAAAGAGAGAUAGAAAAAGAAGAGAAAAGGAGAAUAUAUUGUGCAUCUUCUAGGCCUUCAUAUCCUUCGGCUGUGUCCUAUCCGGAGCUAGGAACAUCUUCUGUUGCUGCUGCCGCUGGAAAAUACGUGCCUAUAUACAAUCGGGACAAAGAAGGCCCAAGAAAUGGGGGCUCUAGGGAGCCUCCUUCAGAUUGGGGUGCUAGGCAAACACCUGCAAUAGAUGGAGACCCUUGGCAGCCUCCUCCUAACUCUGACCGAUGGGCUAGUAGCACAAGGACUGAAGUUCCAAACCCACCUAGUGAUAGGCGACGCGAUGGCAGCUCAAAGUCCACUUGUUCAUCUUCUAAAGAAGGUGCUUUACAAAAAGGGUCUUCCAUAAGAAAUGCUUAUACUAUGGGUUCUAAUAGUUCAACUGACCUACCAAGUGACACUCCUUUGCCUCAACCGUCUGAGCUAGUGCAAGAUAAUACAACAAAUUCAGGAGGUAAAAAUAAAAAGAAAAAAGGGCGAGGAAGGAAUAUGAUAAAAGAAGUCGCUGGCUUGAAAAGGGGGGAGAAGUUGAAUGUGACAUUUUACAACAAUCGUGCAGUUGGACAGAAUCAUAAAUGCUUUACGAGACAUUUGGGGAAAAUUAUUCGUGAUCGUCAAAUUUGUCCUUUAAAUGUGAGAUCAUGGAAGGAAAUUCCCGAAGAAAGAAAGAACCAUAUGUGGGAUUCGGUCACGGAAAAGUUUGAAGCUGAUGACCUAUUAGAUCAUCGAGAUGAUGUCCUCCACCAUAUGAGAGAGCUAUGGAAUAAAUGGAGGGGAAAGAUGCAUAUCAAAAAUGUAAAGAACAUGUCAGAACAAGAAGCAUUGAACUGUGUGCCUAAUGGAGUACAUAAAGACGAUUGGGAAUGGUUGGUGAAGAACUAUUACUCUGAUAAAAAAUAUAAGGAAGUAAGCAUCCGCAAUUCACACCGUAGAUCCAAGUUAACAAUGCCACAUCGUACGGGAAGCAAGCCUGUGAGAGAGAUCAUUUAUGAAAUGGGAGGUAAAGAAGGUAACCCACCAGACGUGGCUGUUGUAUUUCAUGCAAGUCAUAGUAAGAACGGCAAGCUUAUUGAACUUGAAACAAUUGAAAAAUAUGAUGAAAUUCAAGAAGUUAUUCGCUCAGAACCAUCUCUUUCACGUAUUGAAUUAGUUGAUAAAUGUUUCAAAACUCAGAAUCAUGGCCAUGUGGUUUGUUUUGGUGGUGGAGUAAAGCGAAAAGACUUGGAUGGUUCAUCUUCUAGAAAAGCAGAACUUGUAGAAGAAAAUCGCUCAAUGAAAGUUCGCUUAAGUUCAUUAGAAGAAGAAUUUCAAAAGCUAAAGGAAAUGUUUUUAUCUCAACAAAGUACCAACUUUCAGCCUCCAUGUUCUUCACCCCCGGCUGAAGACCUUAUGUAUUAAAUCAUAUUGCAGGUGGGUCUACGAACAACACCGUACGAAAAUCGUGCAUCAAAAAUUAUUUUUGAAUCAGGCACAUUCUUUUUGGAUAGACUAGAAUUAUUUCUGUUUUGAAAAUAUUUAGGCAUUUUAUAUUUUUGGAUUAUUGGAGGUAAAACUAUUUUGUGGUUUGUAGUUCCUAAAAAUUGUGUUUUUAGAUGUCUAAUAUUU